AUGCCGCUGAGACUUCCGGUUCCGCUUGUUCUCCUGGCAAAGGCCAAACACAAUACACAUGCUACUAUCAGAAUGUGUUCUUCCGCAAUGCAUCGUCCAUCUCUGUCACGCAGAUCCAAUGACGUUAUUGGGGAUUCCUUCACUAGGCGGUCAUUCGGCUCCUAUAUUGAGAACUAUUAUACGACGAACCACGCAGCUACAGGGUUUUCAUCUCCACUACGCAAGACAUUCGUAUUCGUAGUAUUUGUUUUCCAGGCUGUAUUUACCUUCGGAUAUUUAUUCCACACCAACUACUAUUUUACUGGGAAAGCGCUCCCGAAGCCAGACAGUUCCACUCAGCUUACGUGGCGAUCACCGACGCGGCAAGACCGACGGAGCAAACCAUGCCUCCGGCCAAUGCCACAGAUACACGGGUAG